AUGCGCGCGGGAUGUCACAUCAAGUUACCGCGAGAGAUUGCGACGAAGAGAGCGGUGAUUAACGUGCAAUCAAAGGACAAUGCGUGUUUCGCGUGGGCAGUGGUCGCCGCUCUGUAUCCCGCACAAAGGACCGCGGAACGAGAAUCAUCGUACCCACAUUACGCGACAGUGUUGAAUCUCCGGGACAUUGAGUUUCCAGUGACUGUAAAUCAAAUUAAAAAGUUUGAACUUGCAAACAGUAUCUCAAACAAUGUGUACAGCAUCGAAGAUAAGAACAUUGUCCCGAUACGUCUUUUGCAGCAGAAGCGAGAUAAGCACAUCAAUUUGCUAUACGUGGAAGACGGUAACAACAGCGUGGGACAUUUCGCGUGGAUCAAGAAUCUAUCCCGACUAGUGAGCUCGCAACUGAGCAAAAAAGAUCACAAGAAAUAUAUCUGCGAUCGAUGUCUACAUUAUUUUGGUUCGGACGACAAGUUGCAAUCGCAUACGGUCGACUGCGGAAAGCUAAACGACUGCGCUAUCCGAUUGCCGAGCGACAAGGACAAGUGGCUCGAGUUCAGCAACCCUAAUCGGAAAGAGCGGCUUCCAUUCAUUGUGUACGCCGACUUGGAAUGCGUCCUGGCCAAGAAGGAAGAAGAGAGUGCGCGAAAUCACGAGUCGCUCAGUAGAGAAAAAAUGUUCAUUCUGCUAUCAAAUCUUUCCGACAUUUGCGAUUUGAGCGUCGAGCAGCUACAAUUUGUGUCGAAAGCAGUUCUGUUGCGAAUGUGCGGUGAUCACGUUCACUACGUGUGGGACAAGCUUCCAGAAUAUAUAAAGGCGGAUCCGGAGAUUCAGACGUAUCGUCGCUGUUACAAACACUACAAUCAGCCGUGGCAGGAAACGCAUAUCGACGGUCCGGCGCCAUUGAUAAAGAAUUGCAGCGAAUGUCGACGAAAAUAG